AUGUUACGUAGGGCAUCCUUGAAGGAGCCCACGCGCCCGGUGACUCCUGCGGACUACGGGCGGCAGCUGUUUACAACCGGGGACCCCAGCAACCGUCCAUCGACUUCAUACUCUGUAUCCGGCAGCAAAAGCUUCUAUCCGGAUGGCGCACCCAAGCUCGCUCUCCCUAAGCUUGACACGGGCAGGCCGGACACUGCCGCGUCAAGCACAUUGCGGAGGCAGGGGUCCAUCGCGGAGCGGGAGGCGUCAAGACUGUCAAGCUCCAGUGGCUUCCCCGGCUUGGAGGCCACGGUGGGAGCAGCAGGGCCCCGCAGCCGCCAAACCACCGCGGAGGCGAUAGCGGCCCUGAAGGCAAACAUGGGCGGAGACGGGGGGGAAUUCAGCUUUGCCACCCGGCCCAUCACCACGGGCUCCUCCUCUCAGUCCCAAUCCCGCGGGUCCACAUCCGACGGGCCACAGCCGCCGGACACCUCCGGCCGUGCCUCCUCCUCCUCUGCCGCCAUACCCACCUCGGCCUUCCACAGCACAACUACCGGUACCGCCACCUCCUCGGCCUCCAGUCACCAUGCACAAACUUCUCCUGGCGGUGGCGGACAUUUAGGCGCCGAGUUCAGUUACGGUGUGUACAUUGAGGGCGGAGACGGGCCCCUGCUGGACCCUAGGCGCAACGACGACCUGCCGCCACGGCCAGGCACGUCCCGCGGCCGGCCCGGCUCGGCCGCCCUAUCCGACAUGGAUCCCAUCACGGAGCGCUAUCCGGGGCCGCCACCAGGUGUGCAGGACCUGGGAAACGGCGCGCAGGUGCUGGACAUGUCUGCCUUUGCGCAGUACUCAGAUGACGAGGAGAACGACUUUGAUUCUGGUGCAGCGGGGGGCCCAUCGCGCCAGCCGCAGCAGCGGCAACAGCCACAGGGGGCGGGCAGCAAGCAGGUGGAGGUGCAGCAGCAGGGCUCGGAAACGCGGCAAGCAGGUCCGGUGCCAGGGCCAGCGUCGCCAAGGUCUGGUCGGCCGCCGCAGCCGCCGCAGCAGGUGACUUCGGCACCGGCCAGCGUGAGCGGCAGCGGCGGAGCCGCCGCCACUGCCGUCAACGGUGUGCCGGCGGCCGGUUUGGAGGCCGACUUGGAGUUCCUUGCGUGGCGCAGCAGUGUGGAAGUCGUGUUGACGGACCUCACUGCGUCUAUCAGCGGCAAGGCGGGAAGCUCUGCGCUGUGCGGCCAUGCGGGCAAGCUGGGGACCCUGGUAGAGGAUGCGCGGCGGCGGGAGCAUUCUUCAAGGUGGCUGAAAUCACCGUCCACGGCAUUUCGAGAUGCAGGCGGCGCGCAGCUAAGCCUGCGGGACGCUAUUUCGGAGCACGCCUUCCGGCUGAUGGACUCGAGCAAUAGCGAGCUGCUAAUGAAGGCAUGCGCUGUAGUGCUGCGGGUAGUGAAGAACCGCCAGCCACUGCUGCAGACUGCCAAGCUGCUAUACCGGUUGAGUAAGGACGGCAGCAAUGAUGCGCUAUUCCGGCGUGAGGGGCUGCUGGAGCCGCUGGUUCACACUGUGCACAUCAUGGUAGCCAGCGUGCGGGGUAGCCAUAACCCGGGCAACAUGCAUGAGCCGCUGGUGUACAUGAAUGGCUGCCUUAAGAACAUCUCCAACGAGGCACACAACCAGAAGGGGCUGGUGAAGCUAGGCACCCUACACGUGCUAGCAGCCCUGCUGACCCAGAUGGCUGACCAGGCCAAGUCCGGCGACGAAGGCCUGGCGGAGUCUUGCGGGCAGGUGGCGGUCCAGGCCGCCGGCGUGCUGCCGGCUCUGCGGGCAGCCUGCUCUGCCCUGAGCGGCCAGGUUGAGGUUGUGCUCAAUGCAGGGCGCAUCUUGUCCAAAUUGUCGCUGCACGAGGGCUGUCAGGCCGCCAUCGCGGCCGACCCUGCCUACGCACCGCUGUUGAUCCAGCUGCUUGGGCAGUACGCAGACAACCGUGCCAUCUUGCUCCGUGUAGCGUUUGUGUUGGGCAACCUUACGACCACCAGCAAUGAAUACCGGGAGCAGGUCUGCAAUGUCCCAUUCGCACUGGUUACGGUGGUCGGCAUUCUGCAGCGGUACGCCUUUGGCGGCCCGGGCGGCGAGGGAGGCUCGGCCGGCAGCACGGCGAGCGACCGCCUGUCCCGCGCCGCGAGCCAUGAGGACUGCCUGGUGAAGGUGCUCCGCCUGGCUGCCAAUUUGGCCAUAUGGUCCGACGCGGGACACACACUAGCGGAAGAGGCGCACGUGGCAGACGCGCUGUUGCACCUGCUGGAGGCGUACAGCUUUGAGGCGGCAGAGGAGCUGGUGCUUAAUACCGUGUGCGCGCUCACCAAUUUGUCCUACUACCAGAGCGAUACGACGCCUGGCGGCUUCACCAACAAGGUGCUGCAACUCCCACCGGCACGACUCAUGCCGCGCAUUACGCCGCUGCUUAUGUGCGACAACGAGGAGGCAGUCAUCGAGGCGGCGCGUGUGUACGGCAAUUUCUCGCGCUCACCAGAAGUGCGCGACUAUAUGCAGGCCGCCCGCGUUGUGGAGGCCCUGGUGCUGCUUCUGGACCACAGCAACGCCGAGGUGCUCUACUCUGUAUGCGGCACGCUCAUCAACUUCACAAUGGAUGCCUCACGCAAGCAUGUACUGGGCGCACUGGGCGGCACAUCGCGAUUGGUCGAGGUGUUGAGCCGCACUGUGGCACAGGACGAGCUGGGUGAUCGCGACGAGGCCAUUAUUGACGUCGUAUGCAAGGCUCUCUUCAACGUGGCGUCCGCCGAUGACGGAGUGGGACGGGCGGGGUCGGGGGUGAACUCGGCGUCAUCCCAGGGUUCGGGGUCUGCGGGACAGGCGCUGGAGAACAGCGCUGUGGCGGAGAGCGAGGAGAUGGCCUCAGUGCUGGGACGCUUGGCGGUGCAGAUGCGGCGACUGCAGCAGAGAAUGGUGUCCUCCGACCUCGAGGCGCUGCCCGAGUAAGAUACCGGUGGGAUUAGGGGGUUGGUAGGACUUGCUGCACGACGAGGAAAGGCGACGAUGGCUUCUUCAAGUAUUAGCGUCAGUCGGUGGGUGUAGUAAAUCACGGAUAUAUGGGCACAUGUGCAGUUGACAGCAGGUGAGGGGUACAAUUAACGAGGUGUGAGGGGUAACGGGAACGAAGAUGGAGGGGGGAAUAUGGUGUGAUUGGUCCUGGAAGGGCUUGCAGGGAGAUACGACUAGGGGUUUGCAAAUUCAACGGUUUCCGUGCCGGCCAGACGUCAGGGUGUGGUUGGGCUGUCGAUGUCAACCAGAAGGUUGCAGGGGCGCACGUUGCUGGUUAUAUGUGGACCGUCAGUAGUUCAAACAGCGUUUCGUUCUGCUGGUUUCACGUGUGCUGCAAAUACGUAGAUACAUUUAUCCCUGCUUCUUGUG